ACGAGCUGUGGUCGAGACCGACACGAGACGAGCCGCGAGCCGAGCCACGAGGCACGAGUGUAAAUGACUAUAAAAGAUGCCUCUAUUGCGUCAGUGUCAGUCAUGACUGUCAACUCAGCUGUCUCAAUUUGCAUUUAUUGAUACGCUGUUUGUCUGCUAUUUGCGAUCAAAAUAAUAAUUACCACGUCCACUGUGUCAAAUAAUAGUUGUGAUUACAUUGUCUUAGUGAAUUUUAACAAUGGGUGCCCUGGCCAGCAGGCAGAACGCUGGUGUUGAGGAGGCUGAUGUCGUGUCGAAUCAUGCAUACAAAUAUCCACCUCGCUCAGGCAACUACUUUGGCAGCCACUUCAUCAUGGGUGGUGAGCGAUUUGACACACCUCAGCCUGAAGCUUACUUAUUUGGAGAGAAUGCAGACUUGAACUUUCUGGGCAGCCGCCCAACUCCUUUCCCAUACCCACCACCACAAUCAAACGAGCCGACCAAAACUCUCAAAAGCCUUGUAAACAUUCGCAAAGAGUCGCUUCGUUUUGUCCGCUGCCCAGAGCCAGUGGGCAAGUUGGUAGAAAACAACAAGAUCGGAGACGGCAUGAUCAAACCCGUGGAGAACGGGAAGGGGACAUAUUAUAAUAUAGAGUUUACCUUUGACUGUGAUGCUAGGAUUGCCAUCACUAUAUUCUAUUUCUGCACUGAGGAAGUUACUCCAACUGGUGUUGUGUACUACCCCCGUGACCCAGCCAUGACCUCCCAAACAUACCACUACAAAAAGGGCGCGAACCAGCAGUUCUGUCAGCUGGCACAUGUCUUUGACCCCUCCCGACAUGCUGACGAGGAGUUACUGUACAACGCAGACACGGAGAUCAUCCCCGUCGCUAUUUACUGCGUUGUUGACGAGGGCCAAGACGAAAUCCGUCAAUCGCACACUACGAUUGCAGUAGUGGAGAAGCAUUCAGACGGCACUUACGUAUUAAAGGCCCUCAAACAGAAGCUGUUCGUAGACGGGCUGUGCUACCUGCUCCAGGAGAUCUACGGCAUCGAGAACAAGAAUCUCGACACUAAGCCAACCUCCGACGAAGAAACCGAAGAAGGCGGUUCGGAAUGCGUAAUCUGCAUGUGCGACGUCCGAGACACCCUCAUACUGCCGUGCCGCCAUCUUUGUCUGUGCAACUCGUGUGCGGACUCUCUCCGGUACCAGGCGAACAACUGCCCGAUCUGUAGAGCGCCGUUCAGGGCAUUACUGCAGAUCAGGGCUUUACAACGGGCCACCGCGCCCCCGCCCCCCGCGAGCCCGCCGCUGGGAAGCAUGGAGAACAUCCCAGCAGGCUAUGAGCCAGUGUCCUUAAUAGAGGCGCUGAACGGCCCGCACCCCGCGCGCGCCCCGCCCGCGCUCGCCCCCGCCAUCGCCAGCCCCGACACGGACACCGCCUCGCAGGUACUUGUACACAGCACGGACCACAUCCCACCCCUUCACAAGCACCUUGUGUCCCUCAUACAAGCACUCGCCCCGCCCGCGCUCGCCCCCGCCAUCGCCAGCCCCGACACGGACACCGCCUCGCAGGUACUUGUACACAGCACGGACCACAUCCCUCCCCUUCACAAGCACCUUGUGUCCCUCAUACAAGCACUCGCCCCGCCCGCGCUCGCCCCCGCCAUCGCCAGCCCCGACACGGACACCGCCUCGCAGGUACUUGUACACAGCACGGACCACAUCCCACCCCUUCACAAGCACCUUGUGUCCCUCAUACAAGCACUCGCCCCGCCCGCGCUCGCCCCCGCCAUCGCCAGCCCCGACACGGACACCGCCUCGCAGGUACUUGUACACAGCACGGACCACAUCCCACCCCUUCACAAGCACCUUGUGUCCCUCAUACAAGCACUCGCCCCGCCCGCGCUCGCCCCCGCCAUCGCCAGCCCCGACACGGACACCGCCUCGCAGGUACUUGUACACAGCACGGACCACAUCCCACCCCUUCACAAGCACCUUGUGUCCCUCAUACAAGCACUCGCCCCGCCCGCGCUCGCCCCCGCCAUCGCCAGCCCCGACACGGACACCGCCUCGCAGGUACUUGUACACAGCACGGACCACAUCCCACCCCUUCACAAGCACCUUGUGUCCCUCAUACAAGCACUCGCCCCGCCCGCGCUCGCCCCCGCCAUCGCCAGCCCCGACACGGACACCGCCUCGCAGGUACUUGUACACAGCACGGACCACAUCCCACCCCUUCACAAGCACCUUGUGUCCCUCAUACAAGCACUCGCCCCGCCCGCGCUCGCCCCCGCCAUCGCCAGCCCCGACACGGACACCGCCUCGCAGGUACUUGUACACAGCACGGACCACAUCCCACCCCUUCACAAGCACCUUGUGUCCCUCAUACAAGCACUCGCCCCGCCCGCGCUCGCCCCCGCCAUCGCCAGCCCCGACACGGAUACCGCCUCGCAGGUACUUGUACACAGCACGGACCACAUCCCACCCCUUCACAAGCACCUUGUGUCCCUCAUACAAGCACUCGCCCCGCCCGCGCUCGCCCCCGCCAUCGCCAGCCCCGACACGGACACCGCCUCGCAGGCGGCGGAGAUCCUGAACCGCUGCAACCUCGAGCGCAGCUCGUCCACCAGUCUCGGCAGCGCACUCAACAACACACAUGCCCUCACACCAGAGUUCCGCAUGUCGGUGCUCUUAGCGCGUGAGCAGGAUGGAAGACGCGAGCGCGCCGCCAGCCCGCUCCUGCGCGAGCCCGCGAGGGUCAGCCCUGAAGCUGUCAAUAAGUCAUCCCUAAGCCUCGAGUACCCCGCGGAAGCGUCCGUCCACGAACCGAGCUCCGAAGACGAGGGCUCGGCCGAACUAGCUCUCGCUGAACCCGAGCCUGCUGAAGAACACGAGCCUGAUAGUGAUGCUGAGCGACUGUCGCCUCUAUUGACACAGCCACAAGCCCCAUUACAGCCUAACGGGGUGGGCCACCUGGGCGGGCGCGCGCGCGCGCGCUCGCCGCUGCCGCCGCGCGCGCACAUCGACGACCCCGACCCCGACGUGCCCGCCUCGCCCCGCGCGUGUGAGGUGAAUAGGGUUGGUAAAAGUUGGUUGUUGGUAAAAGCAGCGAGCUCGGCGGGCUCGGCGGGGUCGCCGCCGGCCGAGGACUCGGACUAUUUCACGCCGGAGGACACCGCCACCACCAUUCUGACCGUGCCCAAGCACAAACAUGCUGAGCCGAUGAGCAAUGGGCCGGUGGCCGGCGACGGCACUCCGCAGCGCUGGGCGCUGCCGCAUCGCGUCACUUCCUUGCCAGGCACGCCGCUCUCGCAAUCCUCGGUGCGUUCAUCAGGUGACUCUUACAGCUCCACGUCGUCCACUCGUCAGCUGCUCGCGGCCGCGCCGUUGCCCGCCGACACCGCGUGCUAGCGCCAACCAUGUAUUUUAACCGCUUAUGUAGCUAUACCGCCGGGUAACACCUAGCCGGUAACUUGGUGUAUCACGUCGGGCGACUUAGUUCCAAGUCCAACACGGCUCGCUAGCGCCGACCUACAAGGUCUAUACCGCCUAACUAAUAAUCGUUGGGAUACAGUGCUUCAUUGAUUGGUCUAUGCGGUAAGUCAAAUAUGACGUUUGCCUAUAAUUUUAAGUUUAUUGUCCGCAGGAUAUUUAAGAAAAAAUGAAAUAGAUUUUUUGGUGUCGUUAUGUAAAUAUGAUUUAGCGUAUUUAACUUACCGAUGAUUCUGAUUACUGUUUUUGGAAAUGUGGAACUUAUACAGUUCAUUAUGAGUACUUUCAAUAUGCUUUGAGUGUUUUUUGUUUAAAUAUUGAUUUACAGAUGAUUUACUUUUGUACUAGUAUUACCUAAUAUUUAGCUUUAUUGUAUGUAAACAUCAAUUACCGAUAUCGAUCUUUGCUCAAGUCUAAAAAUCGAUAUGUCUAUUUGAUUAUUAAAGAUUAAUUAAGUUUGGACUUGGAGUAUUAUGUAAUUAUACUACAGAUCAAGUCACAAGAGCUGACGCGAAAUUCGUAACAUUAUGUCUACCGGGAAUAUCGAAAUUUCGUUAUCUGCCGCUCUAUCGCUCGAAUGGGUACCUAAUGAUUCUCCGAAAAUUCAUUCGCAAAUUAUUGA